AUUUUGAGCGCUCAGUUUAGUCUAAUAAUGUUUAAGAAAUUUAAAGAUAAGCUCACUGAGGAAAUGAAGCAGUCUCCUGCCAGGCUGCAUGCCAGCAUGCAACAACUAGCACAGGCCGUCUCGCCGUCGUUAUCAAACAGCUCCUUUCAAGAUUUGUCACUAUCCAGGGAUAACUUCAGUCUAAGUGAUCAAGCAGACGAAAUACCAAAAAACAGUCCGGAGAAACAUGACUUCCAAACUGUUGAUUUGACAUCCCCACCUGUAAUUUCCAGUACAUCAAGGAGAUCAUCUGUUAGUAGCAACGUCAGUGAUAGGUCUUUCCUGUUUUCCACUUACGAGAGUCCUGGUGUGGUAUACCACACACAGUCAGACAUGGAUCAGUCUGCAAGUGACAUCGACGAAAGCAUCAGUUCUCAGUUGGAUCGUGUUUCCAAGGAACAAUUGUACACUGCAUAUCGUAAAGCAAAAUGCAAGUAUGACAAAUACAAAGGAAGAUACACAAAUCUUGUUAAUCAUCAUGGUGGAAUAGAAAGAGAAAAAUCAAAAUUGGAAAGUCUAUUAGUUGAAACCCAAGAUAAAGCACUGAGGCGCAUAAGUGAUUUAAAAGAACAGUGUCAGUUAGAACAACAGGCCAAAUCAAAUCUGGAGGAUGAAUUGAGAAAUGAUAUUGAGGAAAAAGAUCAUAUUAUAAAUUCUUUGAAAACUAAAAUAAAGUUUUUACAAGAAAAGAGUCCAAAUGUUAAAGGUUUAGAAAAUGUAGAAAUAAAUGAAAAUUACCAUCAAAAUAGCAAAGAGGACUCUGCUCUUAUCAACCUGUGUAAUAAUUUAGAGAAUGAAAGAAAUGGUGAAGUAUCUUUAUUGACUACUGAAAAUACUAAGUUGAAAGAUAAACUACAAAAGAUGGAUGACUUUUUAGAAGAGUAUAAAGAGAUGUUAGAAAAAAAUGAAGAAAAAAUUUUUGAAAUUACAAAUGAAAAAAAAAUUGUUGAAAGGAAUUAUAACAUUUUACAAAAAUCAAGCCAAGAAAAGCUUGAAAAUAUGGAAAUUGAAUUGAAUAGUUCAAAGAAAGAACUUGAACGAGUAAAACAAGAUAUUAAUAUCUUAAGAAAGCGAGAAGAAGAAAGUACUCUGUCAUUGGCAGAAAACAAAUUAUCCAUUCAUAAAGAACUUGAAGGCAAAGAGGAAAAAAUUAAAAAGCUUGAAUCUGAGGUGAAAAUAAUGCACAAGUUUAAAAAAUCUUUGGAAGAAACCCUUGAGUUGCAAAAACAAGAAAUAGAGAGAGUAAAAAUACUUGCAAAUCAGAAGGCUGAAGAAAGCCAGCAGCAUUUAAAAGUAAAAUUAGAAACGUUACAACAGAGAGAAGAGUUACAGCACAAAUUAAUUGAUGUUGAAAAAGAGUUUAGCUUAAAACUUAACGAAGAAGUGAAGCAAAACAAAGAACUAUCAUUAAAAGUUAAAGUUUUAAAAAAGCAAUGUGAAGAACAAAAGUUUAGAGAAAAUGAAUACAAAACUAUGAAUGAAAAUUUAAAGAGAGAAAUAGCCCAACUUACCACAUUUAAAAGGAAUAUUGAAAUAUCCAUUAGUGAAAUCAAAACUAACUAUGAACAAGAAAUAGAAAUAUUAAAGGAUGAUUUGAUCAACAAAAACAAUGUUUGCAAUGAUUUAAAUAAAGAAAUGCAGGAUUACAUCGAAACUAUUGAGCAAUUUAGGCAAAAACUACAAAAUCAGAAUGAAGAAAUAAAAAUCUUAGAAAUCAGAUCAAGCCGUCAUGAGGAUAUUUUUAAACUUCAGGAAGAGCUUGAAAAUAAGAAAACUGAUAUUUUGGGAUUGUGUAAUGAACUCAAGUCAACCUCAAUAACAAUAAAUGAUCUCAAAAACGAAAUGAGUGGUGUAGUUAAUCAUAAAAAUAGUUUAUAUAAAUGUUUGGAAAUGUGUAAAAAGUUUGUUAAAGAUUUAAAACAAGAUUGUAUAAUAUUAAAAAAAGAUGUAAAUAGUAAUUUAAAUAAUGUGAAGAGUGCAACAACUGAAAUUAUAGGGGAAAUUGUAAUAGUUUUUUCAUUGAUAAAUGAGAAAAAUAAUUGUCUCAGAUUUCAACUGAACGAUUUGCACAAAAAAACAAGUGCAAUGCACGAGCUUCAAAACAGUUGUAGCAACAGCAAUACGCAAUCGGAAAAAAUAUUUGACGAAAAAAUAAUUUUGAAAAAGGAAUUGGCAGAAAAGCUGAGUGAGAUCGGAGAAGUGAAAAUAAAAAUGAGUUAUCUGGACAAACUCGAAACAAAGAAUAAAAGUCUUACAUGUGAUAUUGAAAAUGUGACUGAGAAGUUGAGUGAAGUAGACGAGUUUGCUGAAGAAACAGUCAAUCUAACGAAUGCACUGAAAUCAGAGAAAAAUAAUCACUACACUGUUUUGGAAGACAUCAAGCAACUUCAGUCAGAACUCACUUCUGCAAAAGUGGAACCAGACAAAAGGUAUAUUGAAGUCAACAAAUUGCAAGUGCAAAAUAGGCAACAAGAGCAACAAUACUCUGUAACAAGAAAUGAACGUAUAGAAUACAAGCAUCUAUUUGAAGAAAAUAGCCAUAAAUUGUCUCUGCUGAACAAAGAAUUGGGAAAUUCGAAGAUAGCCAUAGAAAGCUUAACUACCGAGUGGGAAAAAUCCAAAGAUUCUUUGCAGAACGCCCUUGAAAGUAAAACUCAUUUGCUGCAAAAAUUAGAAGCCUUUGAGGAAAAAUUUCAAAAAACAGUGGAAGAGAAAAAGAAAGCUAUGGCCAAUUUGGAGCAGGAGAAAUUAAAAGUAAAGACUGCUGAGGAACAAUGGAACCAGUCUUUGAAUUCAAUGGUUGAAGAAAACGAACGACUGAAAAAAAAACAUCAAUUCUUUGCAGGACUAGAAGAGGAGCUGAAGGUAGGAAAAAUUUUAAUAGAAGCACUAAAAAUCGAAAAGGAUAAGGUCACUGGUAGAUUCGAAGAGUUGAAGUUGGAAUGCGAGUUGCUAUGCAAUGAAAAUAAAAGUCUUAAGGACAAUCAGAAUGAUUUGCUGAAGGUGAACAAUGUUUUUAACCAGACUCAGAGUGACUUAAUGAAUAGGCUUCAAAAGUUAGAGAAAAAAAAUAGCGACUUGAUUGAGGAACGAAGUAUAACUCUGCAGGAGUUAGAAACCUGUAGGUAUAAAUUGAAAAUUAGCGAUAACGAAUUAGAAAAACUCAAGUCACAACUGGAAAGAGUGAAACACAAAAACAAUGAGUUGAGUGCUUUUAUAGAUGAAGCUAAAGAAUUUGAGCUAAUCAAUUCGAAUCUUCGGGAACAGGUCAAGGCUCUGACAAAAACAAAUGACUCCCUAAGCUUAAAAAUUGAUAUUUUGACAAAGAAACUAUCCAGUUUACAAGAUCGUACAGUGGAAAAUGAAAAAUUAACGAUUGAAGUACAUAAUUCCAAAAGUAAAAUCGUCGAAUUAGAAGAAUCGUUGUCUUCCAGAGUCCAAGGGUUAAGUGCUCUUAGUAAAAAUGCACAGGAAGAUAGUCACAACUUUAAAAUCGAACUAGAAGAAAAAAAGAGGUUGUUGAAAGUCAUGAAGUCCAAAAACACCGAACUUUUAGAAGAAAUUGAGAAGCUAUUAUCGCUAAAAUCAAGAGUUGAAGAGAAAUCGACUCGAGAAAUAGAAGAAUUGCACAAAAAUUUUAUACAUUGUGAGACAAGAUUAGCUGAAAAAAAUUCCUUGAUGGAAGAUUUGCAAAAAAAGUGCACAGAAUUAGAAAGAGAAAUAACAAACAAUAUCAAACAUGAAUCGAAUUGUGAGGAAUUGUCGAAAAACGUGGAAUGCCUCAUGCAAGAAAAAAUAAAAUUAGAAUCCCAGCUGGACGAGACUCUGGUUACAUUCCAAGCAAAAGAAUUGCAAAUGCAAGCAUUCAAUGAUGAGUUGCGAAAUAAAAUUCUUGAAUCAAGGGAGCAGUUGAAAAACAAUGAAGAUGAACAGAGUUUGAGAUUAAAGCAAAUUUCAAAAGAAUUUCAAGCUCAACUUUAUGACAAAGAAAAAGAAUUGCAGGCUGCAUUAAAAAAAAAAUAUGAUCAUCGAAAAAAUUAUGAAUCAGAUACUACACAAGAGUACAAAAAUCAGUUAAAAGAUUUUCAAAUAGAACUCACAAAAAAAUCCCAACAAAUUGUGAAUUUAAAAGUCGAAAACGAAAAACUCUUAAAGGAGUCACAGGAAGAAGUCAAAAAGCUUUCAGCAGUUAUCAACCAAAUCAAGUCACAACAUAUAAAAGAAAUGCAAGAAGUUGAUAAGAAGUGGAAAAACUUUAUUCACCUCAAGACUAAUAAUUUGGAGAUCAAACAUGAACAACAAGUUGCAGAACUAACCACUGCGUGGCAAAAUGAACGAAAAAGUGAUGAAAAUAGCGAUGUUACUGAUAAGGAACUAGAAAAUACGACUAGGGUUGCAAUGGCAACCGUGCAAUCUAAUACUAGCUCGUUUCAUACACUCCAACAAACAUUGUUAUCUCAAAAGCGAGAAUUGGCUGAGCUUAGGAAGUUACUUAAAAUAAGGCAAGAGUCUGUUGAAGACUCAACAGAAGUUAAAUAUCUCAGAAAUAUACUGUUUAAGUAUAUGAUGGGAAAGGAGACUAUGGUGCUUGCCAGGGUUAUUGCCGCUGUUGUUAAAUUUGAUCAAGAUCAAACAUCAAAAAUUUUGAAACGUGAAGAAGACAGACAAUCACUGCUGGGAUCGCUAGGUUUAACAUAACAUACUCCAGCCAUUCCCAUCCAUUUAAAUCACAAUUAUUUGACCAUGAAUAUUGCCAGUGUUAACUUUCACUACAUCAAGACAGCUAUUUUACUGACUGCCCUUUUUAUAUGUUCA